AUGAAAUAUCUUAAUGCGAUUUUGGAGAAAUUAAGGAAUAAAUAUAAUAAAGAAACUGAAAAUGGAAUAGGUAUUUAUAUAAUGAAGGAAUUGACUUCAACAAUAACUUGUUCUACUCUAUUUAUGACUUCAAAAGAAUAUAUAGAUAAUGAUCUAUUUGAUUGUGAUCCUAAUGUAUUAGAUAUUUGUACAUUUGGAUUAGAACCAAGUAAAAGAUUGGAACCAAGUAAAGUAUUAUCAAAUACUUCAUUAAAUUCUAUAUCUGAUAAUAAAUCUUUAAUUAUACAUGAAUAUAUGACAAUAAAUUCAGAUAAUAGGAUAAUUCGACCAAUGUCACCAAGUAAUUCAAUUAGUAGUAUUUUAACUACAACAGAUAUUUGUAAAUAUAAUAUAUCUUAUGAUAAUUUAGAUAUGAAUUUAUUAGAGAUAAUUCCUAAUUUGGAUAAAUUAGAAUUAUUAUACAAGGAAAUUCAUAAUUCUUUAAAUAAGAAUUUAUCUAUUCAAGCAUAUUCAUUAUUUAUGAAAUUAACAUAUUUAUUAUUAGAAGUAUUAGAAAAAUUAGAAUAUAUUGGAUAUAAAGUUAAGAUUGAAAUAGAAUUAUUGAUUAAUAAUGGUGAAAAAAUAGGUAAUGAAGUAUUUAAUAAUACACAAUCUCAACAAGGAACUCAUUCAUUUUUAAAACGUAUUCAGAACAGAAAUAAUUUAGGUUCUAUUUCAAAUAAUAAAAAUAUUAUUGAAUUAGUUGAGUUGACACAAAGUGGGAUACCAUUUAAAAGUGUGAAUAAUAAUUAUCAACAUAAUAAUUCUAAAAGAUGGCGUAUUAAUCAAAAAUCUUCUGAUAAUAAUAUAAAUAUUAAUACUAGUAAAUCAAAAAUAUAUUUAGAACCUUAUCCAUUAUUUCCUAAAAUAUUAAAUAAAAAAAAGAGAUCUUGUAAAUUAAAUUUGGAACCUAAUUCAAAUUAUAAUUUUGAUACAUAUUCUAGAUUUUAUAAAUUGGAAGAAUUUCCUUGUAUAAUAUUUUCUUAUAAUUGUCAAUCUAUUUAUAAUAAAUGUUUUGCUGAUUCAUCUCAUAGAAAUUUGGCAUUGGAGUAUAUAAAAUUUCCAACUAAAGUAAAUUGUAUAGGAUUAGGUAAUAAUAAUCCAUUGGCAAAUUUUAUUAAACAAAUAGUUACAGAUAUGCACCUUCAUAGAUUAAGAUUUACAAUAUUUAAAUGUUCAGAGAGUUAUAGAGGAUUAAUAUCUGCAUUAAGAAUUAGGCAAUCAUAUUCAAAAACUAAUAAUAAUGAACAAGAAGAUCAUAAUUUUUUACAGAAUAAAAGUAAUAAUUCUAGUGAAAUUUCAGAUGACGAAUCUGAUAUAUAUAAUGAAUUAUAUAAAGGAAAUCAAAAUCCUGAAUGGAAUACAUUAGAUGAUUCUAAUAUAGGAAUGUGGUGGGCAAUGGAUUCAAAUUCAGAAUUUAAAGUUUUAUGUGAUUUUACAGUUGAUACAAAUGUUGUAAAUGUGAUUAGUAUUGUUAAUGAAAGUAAUCUUCAUUCACAUUGGGCUCCAUUUGUUACUAAUUCAGAAUGUAUAUCAUAUAUCGGUUUAUAUAGUCAACUUAUUAGCCAUUCAUCUAGUUUACCAUGGCCUAUUGGGCUUUGCCAAUGUUCACUUUAUUGUGUAGCAGUAGAUAUAUGUAGAUCAUCUAAUAAUCAACCAUGUGUAAUUAUUACUGCUGUAUCAUUUCCAGAUAAGGCAGAUUCUGCUUGUGGUAUUAAGACAAAAGAUCAACCUAAUAAUGUUUCAAAAUUGGAUAUACUAUCUUUAUGUUUUGUUAUUCAACCAUUUGGUGGCAAUAAUUUAAAAACAAGAAUUUCAUUUAUAUCUAAAUCAUUGAUUCCAAUACCAUCAUUUGUUCCUAAAGCAGUACCAUCAUUUAUUGCAAAACAAAUUGGUAAAUGUCUUUUUAAUAAUUUAAUGAGAAUUAUUAGGAAUUUUGAAAGUUCACCAUUUUAUGAAAGGAUAUUAGAUGAUGUUGAAUUUUAUGAAUUUGUUAGAAAUAGACUUAAUAUAAAUUCAGAAAGUGGAGUUAUAAAUAAUAUUAAUAAUCCUAUAUUUGAUAUAAAUUUGAAUUAUAAAGAUAUUAAUUAUUUUAAUAAAGAUGAAGAUAAAUCAUAUAUAUCAGUUACAAUGAAUAUUUUACAUACUUCUUAUUCAAUGGAAACAUCUGAUGAAGAUAUAGCAUAUACACCUGGAGUAUUAAAUUCAAAGGAUAUUUUAAAAGAUACAUUUGAUAAUACUUUAGAUCCUCAAAUUUCAAAAGUUAUAGGAUAUCUUUUUCCUAAUUUCUAA